AUGGUCUCUCCUACUCCCUUCCGUGCUGCCGAAUUCAGGAGCGCCUACGGCCCUAAGUACCAAUUCCAGCCCAACGUUGCUGGCAUCAGCUCCAAGACUGCUUUCCGACUUGGUGCUAAGUCUGCUGCCUUCGGCGGUGCCGCUGGUGUUGCUGUCCUCCUCUACAUCUCUGGUAUCCCCCGUGUGAAGACCGAUAUCCUCCAGAAGGUUCCCUUCCUCGGACAGCUCUUCGUCACCGAGGUCAACCCCGCCGACAACCCCUUUUAA